UAUAUAUAUAAAUGGCAGGGGAGAUCAUGAGCAAAUUAAAAUUAGAUCACGAGUUUUCCUCUUCCCUCAAUGGCCGAGUAGCAAUCAUCACAGGUGCUUCCCGCGGCAUUGGUAAAGCCAUAGCCAUCCACCUCCACUCUUUAGGAGCAAAAGUUGUUGUUAACUACGCCUCCAGCUCCACACAAGCAGACCAACUAGCCUCCCAACUCAACGCCAACUCCUCCUCCACCAACCACCCACAAGCAAUCACGGUUCAAGCUGACGUUUCAGAUCCAGAUCAGGUGAAGUUCCUCUUCGACAGAACCCAGCAAGAAUUCGGCUCAGAAAUCCAUAUUUUGGUUAACUGUGCUGGAGUGUUGGAUCCAAAAUAUCCAACUUUGGCCAAUACAGCAGUGGAGGAGUGGGACUCAACAUUCAAUGUGAACACCAAAGGUGCAUUCUUGGUCAGCAGGGAGGCUGCCAAGCGAUUGGUACAUGGGGGUGGUGGAAGAAUCAUCAUGAUAACCACAUCACUGGUUGGGGCGCUCUCGCCAGGAUAUGGGGCCUAUGGGGCAUCAAAGGCCGCGGUGGAGACGAUGACGAAGAUACUGGCGAAGGAGCUGAAGGGGACAGGAAUCACGGCCAACUGUGUUGCACCGGGGCCGGUGGCGACGGAGCUGUUUUACGCGGGUAAAACGGAGGAGCUGAUAAAGAGGUUGGUGGAUGCAUGCCCCUUCGGAAGACUUGGGCAGCCUGAGGAUGUGAGUGGCAUUGUGGGGUUUUUGGCAAGUGAUGUUGGGGAGUGGAUUAAUGGGCAGAUCAUUAGAGCUAAUGGUGGAUUUGUUAUUUAAAAACCCAUAUGUGCAUCAUCAUAAUCAUCAUCACUUUCUGAUUAUGUGUUUUUCUUUUCAUCAAUCAUUGUAGUUAAUGUUGUAAGACUUAUUCACGUGAAACCGUUUGUGCUUUAUAUUUUUUCAUUUUCAUUUUUUUCUCUCUAA